AUGAAAAACUUACAAAAAAACAACAACCCACUAGAAAACAGCCUCAAUAGGAAGAGCAAGAUCAACAAAAGGGUAGCAAAGAAACCAAAUUCCCGAAGUGAAGAAAGCGUUGGCAAAAUCAAAAAACGCAUUCGAGAUCUGAAGCGAACUCUGCAAAAGGGUGCCUCAUCGGCCAAAGCCAAAGUUGAAAGUGAAAGAAAACUGCGCGCGUCCGAAUAUGAACUUGGUGAAAGAUACAUUGACGAACAAGAAGAGAAACACUAUCAAAAAUAUCGCACAGCCAAGUUUCUGGAAAGCAAAAAGGCUGAACGCAAGGUCAAGCAGGCUUCCAAAAAGUUAGAGGCAGCAGAGAAUGAUGAACAAAGAGAGGAAUGGAAAGCGAAACUAGAGGAACACAAAAUCGACGUGUUGUAUGUUAAGCAUUUUCCAUGUUUAUUACCAUAUAUCUCGCUUUACGAAAAAGAAAAAUCUGAUACCGAGAAGAACGAAAAGAUACGACAAGAAGUACGUCAAAAGAUCAAAGCAAUUCUAGACAAGAACGGCGACUUGGACGAGAUGGCCAGGGAGUAUCGUGCGCAAUACCGGGAGAAGAUGAUUCAAAUCGAGCGGAUACCAGCUGUACGACCUUUGAACGAUCAAGAAGAAACACCAAAGGAUUUCACGCGUGCAACCAAAAAAGAAGCGUCACUAUCAGCAUCGGAAGCACCGGCAUCAUCAUCCGAAGCAAUUGCUGCCAAGGAUGACUUCUUUGAAUUUUAA